GCCAGGAGAUUGAAUAAAGCUCGCAAGCGUUAACAGCAACUACUAUAGGAGAGCAGCGGGAGGGGAGAGAAAGAGACAAUGCUUUCACGGCAAACACACACGCAUCUGGACGGCUGAGCUCCAUAGCGAGUUGGAUAAGAGACUAAAGAGCACCUUUCUUUUGCGAAGUGCAGCCUAGAAGAAACAUCAGAGGAACAUCUCAUACUGACCUCCUGCACUACACUUCAUGUGUAUUAGCACUUCUUUAGAGGUGUUAUGUUCCAUUAGUUUGUGAACACUUGGCUUGUUCCCAGGCGACCCAUGUUGUCUUUGGCGUUUAACUGACUUGCAUUGAUAGUCGGGAGAACCUCCUAUUGAUAACUCUCAGCUCAAUAUGUACCAGGGGCACCUGCAGAACUCUAUAAUAAUAAUGCCAAGCCUGUGGAUGAUAAGACAAGCCUAUGGAUGUUUGCAUCACUUCUACGGCCCCUGCAUCAGCAGACAGAGUGAUGUAUGUGAGGAAGGGGAAAGACUCUAGGGCUGCAGAUAAGGCCGUUGCCAUGGUCCUGAAGGAGAUACCCAAUAAGGCGUCCCCAGAAGGCAAACCCCUCCUCACGGUGACCAACAAGCUGGUGAGUGAACAACAAGAGAGCCGUCCCUUGCUAAGCCCCUCCAUCGACGACUUCUUGUGCGAAACCAAGUGUGAUGGAGCUGCCCGCCCCGUGACCUCUAACACAGCAGUGCUGUCCUCUUCUCUGGACCUGCUAGACCUGAGUGAGCCCGGUGAGAGGAGGAACAGCAAAGACAAGAAAGAGUCCAGAAAGAGUCCCAUGUCCUCCAAGAGCACGCCUCAUAGAAAGAAAGCAGAUGAAACCGAGCUGAUCCAAGUAGACGUUGAACAGAACAAAACCUGCUCUCGUACACCUGUGAAAGAUUCUCUGGAUUCAGGUGUUCCUUCACCCCUGGAGAAAUGGGAGGAACUCAAUCCUCAUCCAGAGAGAACCGGUAGCAGGAAAUGGAAGCUGGACAAAAGACGCUCAUCCAAAAAUUCUGGAGAUUUUGCUUGGUCUACUGACAGCAAAACGCAACCUGAUACAGCUGCCAAGAACUCAUUAGAAAUAAAUUACAAGGCUGAUACAGAGACGUCCCCUUCCACUCAACUCAACAAGCAGUAUAUUAGUGGAAGACAUGGACGACUGACCAAAGACCAGAGGUGGGGUGGAGGAUUCCUAUCCAGAAACCAGUCCCUCGAGGAGGAGUUUGAGCGCGCCAAAGCAGCUGUGGAAUCAGAUACUGAGUUCUGGGACAAGAUGCAAGCUGAGUGGGAAGAACUGGCUCGCAGAAACUGGCUCACAGAGAAUGAGCAGGCCCAGAUUCCCUCGACCGUAUCUCCUCAUGAAAAGGGAUAUUACUUCCACACAGACAAUCCAUAUAAAGACUGGCCAAAUGCGUUUGAGGAGGGGCUGAGGAAGGCCAGAGAGGGAGAUCUCCCAAACGCUGUUCUUCUCCUGGAGGCGGCCAUCUUGCAGGACCCUCAAGACUCUGAGGCUUGGCAAGUUCUGGGGACCACACAGGCAGAGAAUGAGAAUGAGCAGGCAGCGAUUGUCUCCCUCCAGAGGUGUCUGGAGCUCCACCCCAACAACCUCCAGGCCCUCAUGGCAUUGGCGGUGAGCCUGACCAACACUGGCAUGAAGCAGGAAGCAUGUGAGGCACUACUGGGCUGGCUGAGACAUAACCCCAAAUAUAAACACCACCUGAAGAACCGCAAUAACCUGCAGGGCUCACCAAGCUCACGCCACCUCUCCUCUGCACCCACGACAUGCUCUCUGCUGACCGAGGUGAAGGAGCUGUUCCUGGAAGCGGCCCAACAGAACCCAGACACGAUUGACCCGGACCUGCAGACGGGCCUGGGUGUUCUUUACAACCUUAGCUCUGAGUUCAACAAGGCUGUAGAGGCCUUUAACUCUGCCCUGUCUGUCCGGCCAGAGGACUACUUGCUGUGGAAUCGUCUCGGGGCGACGCUAGCUAACGGAGACCGCAGCGAGGAGGCAGUGGAAGCAUACACCCGAGCUCUGGAGCUCCAGCCUGGUUUUAUUCGAUCUCGCUAUAACCUGGGCAUCAGCUGCAUCAACAUGGGUGCACACAGGGAAGCAGCCAGCAACUUCCUGACAGCACUGAGUCUGCAGAGGAAGAGCAGGAGUCGGCAGCUCUCACACCAGGUCAUGUCUGGAAACAUCUGGGCAGCACUGAGGAUAGCACUCUCAAUGAUGGACCAGCCCGAGCUCUUCCAGGCAGCAAACAUCGGGGACCUGGACUUACUCAUGAGAGCCUUCAACCUGGACAUGUAAACUGGCAAACAUUUUCUGACUGAGUAUAAGCCAAGAACCCAAAGUCCUUCAAAUGGAGGAAGCAGUUUUUUUUUUUCUUUUUCCUUGUUUUUUUUUUCGCAGAGCACCUUUACAUUCCUGAGAACUGCACAGCGGUAUAUGAUUUCAGAGAAGAGCACAAUACCUGGAAGACUAUAGAAGUAUGCCUUAGAGAAAAUAGUAGUUAGUGAGGUCUUGCUGGGUGGAGGAUGGAUAUGCUGGAAGAACUAUGAAAAAAAAGAAGAAGUCUGUAACUCAGAGCAGUUACAUUUCUCUUGUAUGUCUCUUGUAUGAUGAAACAGAUGCAGAUCUGAAUUGUCAGAUAGAUCAAAGCAAUAGUUGAAAAUUGUUCAGUGCUAUAACCCACAGGUCCUAUUUUAGCUUUUUUCUUAAAUGUAGUGCUAGGGGAAAAACAAAUUCUGUUGUUUGCUGUAACUUUGCUGCAGAUCAGACUGUAAAGCCUUAUUUGAAAUGCAUGUCAAACAAUUAGUAAUUUCAAAGACUUUAUGGGGAUGAUAGCAGAUGAGUUAGUUUGCUCUUGAUGGUUUAUCAUUUACAAAGAAGCAAGGAGGUUUUUUUAAAAAGAAGAAAAAAAUAAGUCAAGGUUUUCCUUUUGCAUCUUUAAUAUAUCUCUGAAUGCCAUAUGUGAGACCCACAGAAUAUGCAGGUGACUGUCCUCCACAGAUCCACUUGACAUGAUGUUAUGCAUUAUUGCAUUGUGUCUUAAAGCUCAUUUAAGACUUUUGUUGCAUAUGAUGGGAUGAGAAGUGUGAAAGUGUCAAAAAAAAAAAGCGUUCGGGUAAAAUAAUGAAUGAUGCAUAACUUGAGAUCAUGGUUUUCUUUUUUUUUCUUUUUUUGUAAAGAUGGAGGCAGACUCCCUAAAGAAUGUGCUUCAUAAUGUUUGAUCACCUUACUAAGGAAAAACAUGGUAGCUAGUGAAAUAUGCACUUAUUUGUUUCUUCUCAGUAUAACUAGCUCGAUUAGUCCACAUAUACAGGACAACACAAAACAGCAUGGAUGAAACAUGAGGGAAGUUUGCAUAUCCAUCUUUACAGGGCACAUAUUUUCUGCUUGAAUUUAGCAUGAGUGACCAAAUCUAUUUAUUUUGAUUAUCGUUUUUACAUUAAACUCUUUACGUCUUGCUUAUUUAAAUGACUGUAAACUCUCAGUGACAGGCCUGUGCUUUCUAGCGGAUUGCUUCCUUCUGUAAAUUAUCUAACUGAUAUGUUGGUAGAGCCCAAGGAAUGUCUCCCCCUUUUUUAGACCUCAAUCUCAAUCUCAGGUGAGAUGAUCUAGAUGACCUUAUACUCUAGAAAUCCUUAUUUAUGAGGACUGCAUGCUGAAUGCACUUAUUUUUUUGAAUGCGGUAGCUUUAUUUAUAUGCAUGAAAUUGUCAUGCCUCUUUUAUGCUCUCUCUCAUUUCUAUGACAUAUACAUAAUCCUGAUUUUGCAUUUCAGUACAUAUUGAGCAGAUUAUAUAACAGUUACCGGUUUUGCAAUGCAACUAGUAUUCUAGAUGAAAUAUACUUUAUUGUAUACCUGUUCAUACUAUUCUCACAAGAGAUCAGAUUUACUGAAGCCUGAAGCGCAUGCAACGCAUCGUAGCCCGAACAACCAAGUGUACGAUCAGUGACUUGACAUGAAACUGUCCUUACUAUAAUAAAACUGCACAUGCUACUGAAAUUAUACAUGCUGCAUCUCCUGAAUAAUACGUCACAGGCUUCAUUAAGUCUGGUGCAUCAUAUUUAAACAUUACAGAAUAUAUCAAAUAUUGAACAAACAUAUGAAAAUGAUCUUUUAAAAUAAAAUAAAAUGCAAUAUACACUGUGGACUUGAUUUGUUUAACAACCUCAGCUGUGUUACGG